UACCGAAUUAGCAACAUGCAAUAUAAUGGUUAGAACUUAGAAGAAAGAAAAGUAAAUCACGACCAAUUGAUAUCUCCGUCGCCAUAACGCCUUCCCUUCCCCACUCGCCUAAAAACCUUCAAAAUCCUCUGAAACUCGAUUCCCCUUGCUUGAAGAAGAACCGCCGUAGCAAUUCACUGCGGGCGGGUUUUCCAAACACCGCUUGCGGCUCCGCCCGAGAAACCACCGCUUCAAAUUUCUAUUUUUUCCAUUUUCCGCUCGGGAUUAUCUUCUUUCAGUCAUCUUCCUCGGAAUAACUUCACUGCUCACUGAUGGAGGUUUGCCUCUCAUAGCACCAAAAAGAUGCUUUCUUUAAGCAAUUGAAUCUUGUAUGGUCACCCACCUUUGAUCUUCGUGUGCCGGUUUGAUACUAGGGGAUUUUGGAGAAGGCAUAAGAGGAAGAUCGUUGUUGCAACUGGUGUUUUAGGAAGUGGGUAUCUUCUGUACAAAUUAUACAAUGCUCACAGACAAAGGCUUGCUGACAUGGAGACUGAACUCGAGCAAGAGCGAGAGAAAAACGAUGAGCUCAUCAAGGCUCAAAUGCAGGCCCAUUUUGAGAACAUACAAAGAAUUGCUGAUACAACUACACUGCCUCAUGCUAUGCACUAUUUAAGUAGUCGGAUAGCGGAAGAGUUGGACCUUUCUCACCUUACCGAGAGGUUAAUGCAAGUGAAGGGGCAACCGACAUCUCAAGAGAAACUUGAGUUAUGGGAUAGACUGAAAAUUCUAAGUUUCACGAGAAUGGUGUCGUCACUGUGGACAAUGACGAUCCUUAGCUUAUAUAUUAGAGUUCAAGUCAAUAUAUUAGGGAGACAUUUAUAUAUUGAUACUGCACGUGGUCUUGGAAGCUCUCUUUUAAUUGAGGAUGCCGACCUCAUUCAUAGGGAUGACCAGCAGAAGUUUCUCGCAAGUUCUGAUUAUCUCUCCAGUAAUGCCUUGCCUGCUUUAAUUUCAAAUAUCCAGGCAGCAGCAACAGAUGUUCUUAAUGGAAUGCAGCUGAAGGAUUCCUUCAACACCACAAUUCUUCAUGCAACUAUCAUAGAAAUACUUGAAAAGUUCAUGACCACAGGAGAGCCCUAUCACUGGGUGAACUACUUGAUGUCUGAGGAUGCUCGUUGGCAUGAACUGGCUACAGCCUUCGGCGAUAAUAAUACACCUCUUCCAGAUGUCACCAAAUUUGACCAACUUAUGUUGGAGACACGGGCAGUAAUAUCAAGUGCUGAAUUCGGGAGUGUCGCUGAGACAGCAUUGAGAGCAGUGGUGGAUGCCGUAAUAGAAGAUAUGAGUGCUCAACCUGGAGGAGGCAGUCUAAAGUCGGGAAUUCAACUUGCCAAAGUUUUAGCAAGGGUUGCGCAGGCGGGUCCUGCUUUCCUCAAAGAAUCAAGCAAGUUCAUCCGGAUCAUACUAAAUGUCCCACAAGUUGAGCUCUUUUUCACUCUCAUCUACUCAAACAUGCAAAUCUCAUAGAAUAUAGACUAGCGGCGGAACACAAUUUCAGAACUUCUGUUUUUUAAGUAGAUUUUUGUUGCGUUACGAUCAAACCCAGCACCGGAAGAACGUGCUGAUGAUUUAGGGGUGUUCAAGUUAUCAAAAUUCAAAAGUUUGAAAGGAAUGAUAGAGAAAGAUGUGGAAUGUUUCAGUGCAAUUUAGUCUUCGAACUAGCUCUUCUACUAUUUCUAAUUCCACAUCUCAAAUAUUUGUUGAUCUGUAAUAUCUUUUAUAUCAUGUAAAAUGGUCAAUACUAUAUUACUA